GGUUAAAAUCUCACUACUUUUUCUCUGUUUUUACUGGGUUUUCACGGACUUGAAAAGAAUCUCAAUCUUUCUAUGCUCCGUUCCUGACUUUAUCUCCACCAUAUAAUAAUCCUCUCAUUCCAAAAAUCUAAUAAUAAAUAUUGGGUCAUUUUCGUUUUUUGUUAUCUAUUGAAUCAAUAUUGGUCUUUUUCCGCUCUAUGGAUCAUACAUUCUUCUUUCCUUUUCUAACUUUUUCUUGAAAAGCUAGGAUUUUCCUCUUUGAUUCAUUUGGCGCCAUACCCAUACCUCUCCUUCCUUGCUCUUUCUUAUCCUUCCCACUUCUACUUUCUCUUGAACUUUGCAUACAGUUUCAUGGGGUUUUUAUCUACUUUUACAUGUUUUCUCAACUGGGUUGGUCAUUCCAUCUCCUUUAUGUAAUUGCCAAGUGAGUUUUGUGGUUUACGGUCUCGUUCUGCUGUUUUUAGUUAAAGGAGCUUGCUUUUUUGGCUUGCUGAUAAUUUUUAUGCCUGGAUUCCAAGAUUCCUCAUCGUUUUAGCUUUUUUCCUUCACUUUCCCAUCUCAGAGAAUCAAUUUGUUGGCUUUUCCCACUUAGCACUUUUCCUACUCAAAAGUCUCAAAUUUUUGUUGAAUUCUGUCUUUACUGGGUUCCUUUAAAAGUUGGUUUUGUUUGGUCAUUUCCCCGAAAAAAAUAAAAAUAAAAAAAAUGCCUCCAUCUUACUUCCCUCUAAGGUGGGAGAGCACCGGAGACCAGUGGUGGUACGCUUCUCCUAUUGACUGGGCAGCAGCCAAUGGCCUCUGUGAUCUGGUCAAGGAGCUUCUCUACCUUGACACCAACCUCCUCAUCAAGCUCACCUCCCUUCGCAGGAUUCGCCGCCUCGAAACCGUCUGGGACGACGAAGCACAGUUCGACGACGUCGCCAGAUGCCGCUCUCUGGUUGCCAAGAACCUCCUUCUUGAAUGUGAAACGAAGAGCGGUCACAACUCUCUCAUAAGGGCUGGCUAUGGCGGUUGGCUUCUCUACACAGCUGCCUCAGCUGGUGAUAUUGAUUUUGUCAAAGCAUUGAUGGAUAGAGACCCUCUUCUUAUAUAUGGAGAAGGAGAGUAUGGUGUCACUGAUAUAUUCUAUGCUGCAGCAAGGAGCAAGAACUAUGAGGUUUUCCGGCUCCUGCUCGAUUUUUCAAUCUCCCCAAGGUGCGACCUUAGGAGCAGUGGAGGUGAAUUGGAAGAGCAAUUGGGUUAUGUUACUUCAGAAUUUAGGUGGGAGAUGAUGAACCGAGCAGCUCAUGCUGCAGCUAGAGGAGGGAAUUUGGAGAUGUUGAAGGAUCUUCUCGGCGAUUGCUCUGAUGUUUUGGCCUAUAGGGAUGCUCAGGGAUCUACUGUCUUGCAUUCAGCUUCAGGUCGAGGACAGGUUGAGGUCGUGAAAAAUCUUGUAUCAUUCUUGGAUAUCCUUACCUCUACAGACAACCAAGGGAAUACAGCAUUACAUGUGGCUGCUUACAGGGGUUACUUACCGGUCGUGGAGGUCUUAAUUUGCGAGUCUCCAUCAUUAGCAACUUUACCAAACAGUUAUGGAGAUACAUUUUUACAUAUGGCAGUGGCUGGUUUUCGGACCCCUGGUUUUCGUAGAAUGGACAGGCAGAUUGAACUUAUGAAUCAAUUGAUAUGUGGUAAGAUUGUGGAUAUGCAGGACGUCAUCAAUUUUAGGAACAAUGAUGGAAGAACAGCUCUUCACUUGGCUGUAAUUGAGAACAUUCAAUGUAAUGUGGUAGAACUCCUUAUGACUGUUCCAUCAAUUAACUUGAACAUGCGUGAUGCUAAUGGCAUGACUCCUCUAGAUCUUCUCAAGCAACGGCCACAAUCACCAUCCUCCGAACUUUUAAUCAAACAGUUGAUUUCAGCUGGUGGGAUCUCCAACAGUCAAGAUCACAAGACAAGGACUGCCCUUGUUUCCCAUUUGAGAAUGCAGGGUAUUGGAAGCAGUCCUGGAACUUCUUUCAGAAUACCUGAUGCAGAAAUUUUCUUAUACACCGGCAUUGAGAAUCCUUCUGAUGCCAGUUAUGAUCAGGCAAGUGUUCAGUUCAGUACAUGUUCAGGCGAACUGAGUCAAUAUGACUCCACAAUUUCAUUGAAUAAUAAGAAGCCGAGUUCUGUAAACUAUGCUGCAAGAAACCUGAAGUUUCUUCUCCGGUGGCCUAGGAGAAAAGAGAAAAAAACUGCUAGAAUGGAGCUGAGAGACAAUGAUUCUUUGGAUUCUUUCAAUAUGUCUAGAGAUUUGGAAGAAAAUCAUAUCCCACUUAGGCAGAUAUAUUCGAAAUCUUCAUCCCUUCCAAACAGCAAAAGGAUAUUUUCUGUUGGGAGUUAUUUUCCAAGUCCAUCGACGAGAAUGAAGUAUACUGCAGGACUAAUGCAGGGUGUGAUUAAAGCAAAGCCGCAUUUUGCUGUUUCAGCUCAAUCACCUCCAAGUCCUAUGUCAGGAUCCUCCAUGUCUUCGCCUACUUUCGUUGGUAAGCAAAAGAGCUUCGAUUACAUUAAUGGACCAUCUUGCUCUUAUGAGAAAGGAUCACAUAUGAACUUGAAACAAAAUUCCUUCAAUAAGAAGGUGAUGAACCAAUAUUUCUGUUUUGGUGCACAAGGACUGGCUGUGGAAAAUCCAAUUAGCUCCACACGGCCAAACCAGAAUUAUAGACAUCUCAGUUCUCUAGUUGCUUGAUCUGAAACUGCAAACAACUUGGGUUUAUUUUUUGAAUCCUAGAGAGUAGAAGUUUGUAGUCCAUGUCAAAAUGUUAUAGAUGCUUUAUCUUUCAUUUUGUACCUGUUGUUGUACAUUUCCCACAUUUUAGACCUCAUCUUCCAACAAGUUUGUAAAUUGCAGUCUUCCUGUUUUUUUCCUUUGGCUUA